AUGCUGCCAACAUGGGCAUUUCAUACCGCCAUUGUCAUGAUGUGGGGUUUCGUGUACGGCACCGGAAUCCUCGGCGUGAUUGUCACGGAGAACGGCAAGAAUGACGGCGGCUUGUACGUUAGAGCAGGGGCAUGGUGCUGGAUCAACUCGAAGUAUCAGGACAUCCGACUCACCUUACACUAUCUAUGGAUCUUCAUUUCUUUGAUUUGGAACGACCUGUGUUGGAUCGCAAUCUGGAAGAGCAUCAUCUUGCAGGAGCGGAAGCACCUCAACAAGUAA